AUGGCUACCGUCAACAUUCGCCGCGAUAUCACCGACCCCUUCUACCGCUACAAGAUGGAGCGCAUACAGUCCAAGAUUGAAGGCAAGGGCAACGGCAUCAAGACCGUCAUUGUCAACCUGACCAGCGUUGCCAACUCUCUUGCCCGCCCUCCUUCUCACGUCAUCAAAUACUUUGGUUUCGAGCUUGGCGCUCAGACCAAUACCAACCCCAAUGAUGACCGCUGGAUCAUCAAUGGCGCUCACGACGCUAGCAAGCUCCAAGACUACCUCGAUGGCUUCAUCACCAAGUUCGUUCUCUGCAAGAAGUGCAAGAACCCUGAAACCGAGGUCAACAUCAAGGAUGGCAACAUCACGCUCGACUGCAAGGCUUGCGGUAAGAUCUCCGAAGUCGACCCUCGUCUCAAGCUCUCUGCCUUUAUCGUGAAGAACGAGCCCAAGAAGGGCAAGAAGGACAAGUCCACCAAGAAGGCUGAGCGUCGCGCUCGCAAGGAGGCUGAGGCCAGGGGUGAGGAGGUCUCACAGAACGGAGGCAGUCCUGGAGAUAGUGCUGAGGACGACGACAACAACGGCGAAUUGGAGAUCGAGGCCGGCAGCGAUGAUGAGCUCACUCGUCAGAUCCAGGAGGGUGCCGAAGAGAUUGACGAAGUCAAGGAGGUCGAGUGGCACAUUGAUACUUCCGAGGCUGCCAUCAAGGCCCGUGCUCAGGAUCUUCCCGAGGACCUCAAGCGCGCUCUCGUCAUUGAGGGCGAGGAUGACGCCGAGGCUUCUGAGUACGACAUCUUCGGCAAGUGGAUCAUCGACACUGCCAAGGAGAAGGGCGGUGUCGAAAAGCUGGACAGCGUCGAGAUCUACCUCAAGGCGAAGGAGCUCGGCAUUGAGACCAAGCACCGCACUUUGACGGUCAUUCCUCAGACCCUUUUCAGCGAGAAGAUUGUCAAGCAGAUUGAGGCCCGUGCCCCUAUGCUGCAGAAGCUGAUCACCUCGGAGAAGCACGAGAAGGCUUUCCUUGGAGGUAUUGAGCGCUUUGUCGGUAACGACAAGCCUGAGCUCAUUCCCCAGGUUUCCGCCAUUCUGAUCCAAGUCUACAACAACGAUCUCGUCACUGAGGAGGUCCUCAAGCCCUGGUGCCAAAAGGCUAGCAAGAAGUACGUUGACCUCAAGGUCAGCAAGACUGUGCGCAAGUCCGCCGAGCAGUUUUACGACUGGCUGAACCAGGAGGACAGUGAUGAAGAGGACUCGGAGUAG